AUGGAGUCGGACUCGUCCUGCUCGAGCGUCAAGCUUCUAUCUGCCGAUGGUGAUACGAGCGGGACGGACCACAGUCAGAUCUGUCAUCGCUGCGAAGGUAAGAUUGUCAAAGACACAUCACGCAUGCACUUCUCGGGUCUCAGGCUUGUCAUGAUGUUUGGCGGUCUUCAGCUUCUGCUCCUGGUUUUUGGUGGCCUAGUCUUCCAUUCCUUCCGUGCGGAUGAGAGAAAUCCUAAAGAUAUGGAUCCCCAUGGUUACUUUGCGCUCGAGCAGUACAAUGCUACCGACAAAGCCUACGACAUUGUCGACGCCGCAGACCCGUCGCCUGAAGCCGAUCGAUUUUGGCAUGAUUUGCGGAAGGCGGACGGCAUAGUUGCGGUGGAUGGGGGUUGGGCCCAGCGGGUUAACCUGCCAUCAACCGUGGAUCACCCCCACGAACCUCACCUGAGGUUAUAUCAAAUCAACGUAUUUCACUCGCUUCACUGCUUGUAUCGCAUUCGCAACCGGUUGAUCUCGAACUUCACGCUCGACCAGUGGCCACGAAAUGAUAUCCAUACAAUGCAUUGUCUGGACCACAUCAGAAACGAUCUCAUGUGCAACGCCGACAUCUCACUCUCUGGCUCGGAUGAGUUCGUCUCCUUCAACAGACAUGGCCACGACCAAAAGUGCAGGGAUCUUGGCGCGAUACAGGCGUGGGCUAGGGAGCACAGCUGGCCUGGCUAUAGCGACUACUUGGAAAGUGUUAUUGGGUAUGAUUUCAACGAAGCUGAACGAGUGAACAUGGCAACUGCCGGCAAAGGCCAUUGGAACAAAGCGAAUAGCACACUUGAUAAACAAACCGGGAAGAUUGAAUUGUGGUUUGAAGAUUAG